AUGGCUAUCUCGGUUACUUGUCUCUGCGGAGAUGUAGCACUGUCCGUUCAGCUGGACCCUACGACAGACCACACGCAGCUCCAGCUAUGCCAUUGCAACAGCUGCCGCGCAGUGACAGGCCUGCUCUGCUCGUCGUACUACCUCAUGCAGGAUGAGCCGCCGGCCCUGAACCAACUGCAAGAGUACCAGGAGUCCCCUCAUGUGAGCCGCUUCUUUUGUAAGAACUGUGGUGCUCAUGUCUUCGCAAUGUCCAAGCCUAGUGGGCGCUAUCUAGUUGCAUCCGGGGUGUUAGUAGAAGAAGAUGCUCCGGCAGUUCGUUCCAUUCAACACUGGAAGACGGGUGACACGGGAGAUGGGGGACUGAGUGCAUAUCUUCCCGGGUGGCCAUCGACAGACCUCAGCUGCAGAUUGGAGGCGCUGUCCGGAUCCCCUGAACAGUCACAUAGCGCCAGGAGGCAUACGCCACCAGAAAUGCUGGACGGUUCGCAGAACCCGAACAAAUUGCAGGCACGAUGCCACUGUGGAGGGAUUGAGUUCUACGUCACGCCUCCUGAUGCAUCGUCCACGCAGGCAUGGUCCCAGUGGUGUGACCUCCUAGUCCCAUACAAUUCGGGACAUGCCGAUCUGGACAAUGAGGCCGAUGUCAAAUGGUUCCUGCGAGCUGAAAACACCAAGUAUCUGGCCGGCACUUGUGCCUGCACUUCGUGUCGACUGAAUAGCGGAUUUCCCAUUCAGGUCUGGGCAUUCAUCCCCAAAUCGAACCUCUUCCAGGUGGACGGAUCCCCUCUCACCUUUGACCGUGGCACCAUGCGGCAGUAUCGCAGUUCACCAGGAGUGUAUCGUGAAUUCUGCAAUCGUUGCGGGGCUAUGGUCUUCUGGCACAAUGAUGGACGGCCGACAUUGAUCGAUGUGAGCGCAGGGUUGAUCCAAGGAGGAACCGCGCGAUCGGAAGAGUUGCUAGACUGGGCCACAGGGCGUGUUAGCUUUGGAGAGAUGGCCGUGCAAAAAGAUCUGGUGAAAUUGCUGGAGGAUGGAAUGCAGCAGUACGCACAGCAAUGA